UGACUGUGAGUCCCAGCAGCUCUCAGAUGUUUCAAGGACAAUCUGUCUCUCUGAGCUGUGAGGAGGACGACAGCUCUGCUGGAUGGACUCUGAGGAGGAACACAUCCAGAAAAACCAGGACUCAGUGUGGAGAUGGCUGGGGAAGAUCUGCUGGUUCUUCUUGUAACAUCAGCUUAAUUAUUCAAGAGGACAGUGGAGUUUACUGGUGUGAGUCCAGAGAGGGAGCAACCAGUAACAGCAUCACCAUCACUGUCACUGGUGGACCAGUGAUCCUGCAGAGUCCUGUCCUCCCUGUGAUGGAGGGAGAAGACCUCACUCUGACCUGUAAAACAAAGAUGUCCUCCAACCUCCCAGCUGGUUUCUAUAAAGAUGGCUCCUUCAUCAGGACUGAGCCUGCAGGUCACAUGACCAUCCACCAUGUUUCCAGGUCUGAUGAAGGCCUCUACAAGUGCAACAUCAGCAGUGUUGGAGAGUCUCCACCCAGCUGGGUCUCUGUCACAGGGAAAAUUACGACUGCAAGUCCUCCUACAUCCCCCUCUAGUCCUGAUUCCUCUCCUCGUCCCUCUGUGUUGCAAUCUGCUGUUUCAGUCGGUGUCCUGAUUGGGAUUGUUCUACUGGUUGUGCUGGUUCUACUGGUGAGACGAUGCAUCCGUAGGCAAAGGAAAGCUGCUGACGCUGGAGAUGAUGACAACACAGAUGACAUCACAUACACUGAUGUCCGAAUAGCACAUAACCUGCAAGUGCCAAUUUACCAAGAGAGAGAUCCAGCUGCAGUCUCCUCAGCAGUGAGAGGAACAGAAGACAGUUAUGGACAAUCAGUGAUCAAAUCAAACAGGACCAGAGAGUCCCCAGCAGAGCCAGAGGUCCUCUACUCCUCACUGAGGAAGACCUGAACACCAUCACACCAGUCCAACCAGUGGAGUCCAGCCGGCCAAUCAAUGGUCCCCAGAGACCAUCACACCUCACUACAAUCAUGUCUUUGAUUUCAUAUCUGUAUAUGUUAUAGCUAAAUGAGAUUAAAGGUGCCAUGACAUGGUGCUCUUUGGAUGCUUUUA